UAACUGUUGUUUAACUACCAACUAUUUUGAUUCAUUUUGCAGAAAGAACCAAACUAGCAUAUAUUUUUACAAAAUACAAUAAUUUGUGUAAUAUGUCUGUCACGGAAAUGUUCAGCUACAUUCAGGCUUUUCUGAGUGCGGAUCAAGAAAUAAGAGAGGACAUAAGGAAAGUGGUACAGGUUCUGGAACAGACGGCGAGGGAGAUCCUGACCCUGCUCCAAAGUGUCCAUCAACCAUCUGGCAUCAAAGAGAUCCCCAGUAAGUGCACAAAGGCCAAGGAACUGUUUUGUACAGUCAGGACGCAACUUGGAGAACUCAAAAACAAGUUCCCAGUGGAGCAGUACUACAGGUUCCAUGAGCACUGGAGGUUUGUUCUGCAGCGCCUGGCCUUCCUGGCAGCGUUCGUGGUCUACCUGGAGAGUGCAUCUCUCGUGACACGCGAUGAAGUGGCACAAAUACUAGGAAUCGAGGUGGUGCGAGAGAAGGGAUUCCACCUGGAUGUUGAAGAUUACCUGGUAGGUGUGCUGAUCAUGGCCAGUGAACUGUCUCGCCUGGCGGUGAACAGCGUCACAGCAGGGGACUAUGGCCGCCCCCUCCGAAUCUCCAACUUCAUCAACGAGCUGGACUCUGGCUUCCGACUGCUCAACCUCAAGAACGACCCCCUGAGGAAGCGCUACGACGGCCUCAAGUACGACGUGAAGAAGAUAGAGGAGGUAGUCUACGACCUGUCUAUCCGUGGCCUGGCCAAGGAGCAGGAGGCUGGGGGAAACAAGUAGAGUUGUUAGGUGUAGGGCUGGGGCUCUACCCUAGGCUGGCUCCUGACCUCUCCAUAACUGGGACUGUGGAGUCUUGACCUGCUGAAUG